AGAAGAUAAACUGCUUCAUCUACAUGGGAAAAGGUUUUACACAAAGCUGCAUGUGAUGUGUUUUUCUUCUGUAAUGAAAACCGUUGGACCAAACUAUUAAUUUAAGAUGAGAACCUGCUCACAACUGUUUUUUUUUAACCCUUUGAGUUAUGAUAAUGGAAAGACUAAGGUGUAUGUAAAUGUAUCAGUGAUCUCCACUGGAUACAAUCUCCAGUAGGUUUAAUGUAUUUAAAAUAAUUCUUUCCUCAUAACAAGAUCAGUCUCACACAGAUAGUUAAUAAAAAAUGAUGAGUUAACAAAAUCUUAAAAGAAGGUGGAGUCAGAAGAGUUAUGUAAGGGAUGGAUGCCAAAGAAACACGGUAUUAUGAAUUUCCUAUAUAAAUGCACACGCCACAACUUGAAAAAUAGCCAGCAAAAGUGCGGUGGAGAAGCCAGGCAUCCCAUAUGUUUCAUGUGUCCAUCAUCUCCAGAUUGUGUGAGGAAACUUGUGCCACCACGACGGAACAGGGAAGGGAGACCGUGAGCAUAGAUGGAGCUAUUUUUCACCAUUGUGGCCCUCCUGUCUUGUCCAUGGAUCAUUGUCCUGUGUUCAGCUGACCCUAAGCAGACAAGAUGGCCUUUAUAUUCCAGGAAGCCUCUUAUUCUUGUCUGGAAUGCUCCCACAGAGGACUGUACCCCUCGGCAUGGUGUAACUCUAUAUUUGGAUCAGUUUUAUAUUGUUGCAUCCCCAAAUGAAGGUUUCGUUCGACAAAACCUCACAAUUUUUUACAAAGAACGUUUAGGUUUGUAUCCUUACUUUGAGCCUGGAGGAUCUGCAGUCAAUGGAGGGCUCCCACAACUGGCCAGCCUCACUCAACAUUAUGAAAAGAUGCCUGAAGGGGUGCAGAAGUACAUACGUGAGCCUGAGGCUAAAGGGCUGGCAGUCAUUGACUGGGAGGAGUGGCGGCCUCUUUGGAUCCGAAACUGGGACAUCAAAGAUAUCUAUCGAAAUAAGUCCAGAGAAAUGGUCGCACUGAAGAAUCCAACAUGGAGCCCUGAACAAGUGGCCAAAGUGGCUCAAGUAGAGUUUGAACUGUCAGCUCGUAAAUUCAUGCUUGAGACUCUAAACUAUGUCAAAAAUCUGAGGCCCAAUCAACUCUGGGGCUUCUAUUUGUUUCCAGACUGUUACAACCAUGAUUAUAGGAGUGGUCUGGAGAACUACACAGGCCGCUGCCCUGCCCUGGAAAUGUCCCGCAAUGAUCAGCUCAACUGGCUGUGGAUGGGAUCCACUGCACUUUACCCCUCCAUUUACAUGGGUCCUGCCCUGCGUUCAACCAAAUAUGGGCGACUCUUUGUACGAAAUCGAGUGAAGGAGGCAGUGCGUGUGGCGUCUGUUGGGAAGGGUUUAACACGGCCAGUUUUUGUUUACACCAGGCCUACGUACAUCGGUGAGACGACUCCUCUCUCUGAGAUGGAUCUUGUCUCCACUAUUGGGGAAAGUGUGGCUCUGGGAGCAGCUGGUGUUAUAUUCUGGGGAGACACAUCGUAUGCCAAAAGUGCUGCCAGCUGCUCUAGUCUAAAUGAGUAUCUUAAGGGCUCAUUGGGGCGUUAUCUCCUGAAUGUGUCUACAGCAGCAGAACUGUGCAGUGAGAACCUGUGUAAGUCUCGUGGUCGCUGCCUUCGUAAAGAGCCUGAUCAGGAUGUGUAUCUGCACCUCAGCCCCUCCAGCCACAGCAUCGUCAGUGUGAACGGCCAGUUAAAGGUGAGAGGAGCUACAGGAAGGGCUGAGAUCACACACUUCCGUACAUAUUUCCAGUGCCAGUGCUACACCGGGUACAGGGAUGAGGGCUGCACACAGAGAGAGAGAGGACAGAAUAAAGCCUCCUCUGUUAUGGGGGGCUGGCACCUCUGCUUAAUGCUCCCUCUAGGGCUCCUCACUCUACUGCACUGAGCAUUCUCAUAAAGACUAACCAUGUAUGUAUAGCCAUGUAUUGGGGGAAACAAAGGUUUGGUGCAAAAUAUGGCUGGACCAUUUUAAAUAUUGGUGAUCUCUACAUUUAUGUUGUUUUUAAGAGCGCUAGGCCCAAGUAUCUUGGGCAGUCUUGAGCAAAUAAAUAAUCCCAAAGUAUUUUUAUACCCCUUUUUUUUCAUUGUUGUAUAAAAAUAUUAGCACCUGUUUGUCAAACCUAGUCAUGUUGUUCUUUACGUUACCAUUACCAAGCUUUAUAUGGUUAAUUCAUUUAACUGGCUAAAUCCCUGGCAGUGGCACUGUUUACAUAAAUUGCUUUUAAAUAAUGUUAUUCUGGUGGUAUUUUAAUAAUGGCAUGCAUUAUAAUAAUUGUAUCUGUAUUGUUUUUAAUUACUUAAUGGUAAAAAAAAAAAUCUGCAGUUUGUUAUCUUUGUACUGUCUGCAAUAUUUGAAAAAGGGGGGGGGACAAAAUCAUCUCAGUGCUGUGCUACGUGUACUACAGCUACUAUAGAAAAAGUAUUUUUCAGAUAAUCUGCACUUUACUAUUUGGUUUGGCUGGACCUUGUCUUAUGAUUAAAGCCUUGUUUUUAGUUGCUUUCUCACUGUGAAUCUAUAGAGGGGUAUACUUUGAAGAAAUGUAACCUCUUUUGCACAAAAAGAUUUAAUGUAUUUUUAUACACCAAAUCUGUCAAAUAAAAUAACAUGCAUACAAUACAAUAGACAAACAUGUCUAUUAUAUCAGGACAGUUUCAAUUAGAUAGUUAUUGGUUUAUAUGUUUAAAGUAUGACUUAAAAUGUUGAAGCUUAUUUGGUUUCUUCUAAAGUUCUGAACAGACUUCAGCAUGUUGUCACAAUUCAUUAUAGGAAUAAAACCCACUUUUACCUCUUUCAUUUAUUCUCAAAAUCUGUGUGAAAGAAGUUACAAAGUAAGUACUGUAAUUAUUUAAUACUUGUAACUGAUUCACCUUUACUUGAGUAGAUUACAGUUACCAUGUAAGAACACGUAUAAAGAUAAUUUGGAUGAACAUUGGGAAAAGCUGUUACCAAAAUGUGAGCAAUUCUUCCAGCUUUGACAGAUGAGUUUUCCAUGUUGUGCAAGCUUUAUUUUCCCUCCAGUUUAUAAUUGAACGAUUUUGUUUUGUACUUAUGUUGUAUGGAACCCAUUUGAUUUUUCAUCGUAAUAAAAGAGUUGUAAACAUGA